AUGACAUCUUCUGAUAUCAUGGAAGAAUGGAAUCUCACUGCCUCUUCUGUCACAAAUUUUAUUAUUGCAGGAAUUCCUCGACUCCAGGAAGUGAAAUCACAGACUAUUUUGUUUGCGACUCUGCUGUUAAUAUAUGCUCUUACGUUUACAGAAAAUAUCAUUUUUAUUAUUGUAAUAACAUUUGACCAUGCCCUACACUCACCAAUGUACCUGUUUAUUUGUAAUGUGGCCUUCCUCGACCUUCUUAUCCCUUCAGUUACCAUCCCAGAGAUGUACUAUUUAAUAACAGAGGACAGCUCUAUAGCUUUUGGUCCGUGCAUUACACAGAUGGCUUUGUACCUCUGCUUUUUAGGAACAGAAAGUUUAAUGUUGGUGGCCAUGGCUUAUGAUCGUUACCAGGCCAUAUGCAACCCAUUGCUUUAUCCUACUGCCAUGACCACCAAGCAUGCCUUCAUGUUAUCUGCAUUUUGCUGGACAAUAGGUAGUGUGAGAACAGUGCCCCAUAUAUACCUUGUACUCACUGCACCUUUCUGUGGACCAAACAGAAUUGAAUAUUUUUGUUGUGAUUAUGUGUCUAUUAUAUUGUUGGCUUGUGCCGAAAUGUCAUUACAGAUUAUGUAUGAUCAAAUAGUGUCCAUAAUUAUUGUCUUAGCCGAACUGUUUCUUAUUGCAUGUUCUUAUGUAAAGAUCAUUGCUGCUGUGUUUAGAAUUAAUUCUGCUGAGGGUCGGAAGAAAGCAUUUUCUACCUGUGCCAGCCAUCUUCUUGUCAUAAGUGUCUUCUACUUGGUUAUAGCCUUUGUCUUAAUUUCAUAUUCCAUGCCAGAAUUUUCUGAACAAGUACGUAGUUUGGCUGCUGUUGUCCAGAAUAUUUUCCCUCCAUUGGUCAGUCCUAUAAUUUAUUGUUUAAAAACAAAAGAAAUCAGGAACAGUAUCAGAAAGUUGAUUAAGAAAUGGAAAGCAGGUGUACUGUGCUUAUAG